AUGGAGAAAAUCGCAGGCUCGACAGUAUUAUCUGACGUUGGAGAAAGCAACUCCGAGCUUGGAACCGAAGAUGAGAGAAGAAAAGCCCUACUCCAAUCUUUCACGCCGGAAGAGGACAAGCAAAUCCGAAGAAAGAUUGACAGGCGGUUCUUAUUUUUGAUCGGCAUGAUGUACAUUAUCAAAACUAUUGAUUAUACCAAUGCGGCCUCCGUCAAGGUGUUGCAAGUUGGAGAAGACCGCAAUAUUCUAAACGAACUUAGAAUGACAUCGGACGAAUACAAUUGGGUUCAGUCUAUUUAUUUUAUCAGCUACAUUGUCUUCGAAGUGCCAAGCAAUCUUUUACUGAAGCGGCUCACGCCGCGCUUAUGGCAGUCGCGAAUCAUGUUAACUUGGGGUAUUGUCCUUGCCUGCCAUGCAGCAGCCAAGAACAAAGAGACUCUCUGGGCGAUGCGCUUCCUCCUUGGGAUGUGCGAAGCAGGCAUGUUUCCAGGCAUAGCUGCCCAGUUAUGCGGCUGGUACCGCAGCGAUGAGAUGGGGAAGCCCAUCAUGUGGAUGUUCGGCUUCCAGAAUACGUCUGGAAUCGUAGGUUCGCUAAUAGCAUAUGGAAUAUCAUACAUGAACGGGUUAUGCGGAAUGAGCGCAUGGCGAUGGGUCUAUUUAUUAGAAGGACUAUUCACCAUCCUCUUUUCCGGAGUCAUCUACCUUGUCCUACCAGAUUGGCCCAAGUCACCUAGGACCAGAAAGUGGCUUUCAGAGCGCGAACAAGACUACGUCGAAGCACGACUAUCCGAGAACGCACCCAAAACAGCAGACUCCGACUUUUCCAAAGAAGAAGUGAUCGCAUCACUUAAGGAUCCGCGAACCUACGCCUUCAUGCUAUCCCAGGUUCUCGUCAACUUCUCAGGAUACGCACUAACAUGGGAGCUUCCCACUAUCACCACCAGUCUUGGAUUUGCCGGCCUUCCACGCAAUCAGUUGCUUAAUAUCCCGCCCUCCGCAGCGGCUGUUCUGGCGAUUAUCUUCUCAGGCUGGUUUCUGAAACAGGCAUAUAUCACUCGCCCUGCAUACACUAUGUUUUGUAUCAUGGGGCCGAUGCUUGUGUUUUUUAUCUUGCUAACAGUCUUGGAAUCACGUGUUGGGAUCUAUAUCUCCUGUGUGUUGGGUAAUAUGUUUUAUUCGGUAUAUUUCAUUCCGUUCUGGGCAUGGCGAACAUCCUCCCUAAAAGGGACAACUGGCGCCGCAUUUACAUUAGCUUUCCAGUCCUGCGUUGGUCAAGUUGGCGGCGUUAUCGGACCGCAACUUUUCCAGUCUAAAUUUGCGUACAACGGAUACAAAACACCGUUUGGGAUUUGUGCCGGUGUCAUUGGUGCAGCCUGUCUCGCGAACCUGUGGACGUGGUGGUUGACCAGGAACGUUGAGUGGGAUGUCCGUAGAAUCCGUCGGUUGAGAAUCAAAGAGGAGAGGCAGGGUCGUAUAUACGCCGACGAUGAUGUAAAGGUCUAUCAGGAACGACAGUUCUACAGUGGGGUUGCAAAGAAGGGCUCUGAGACGAAUGCGGUUGAGGCAGUAUAA